AUGCAGCAAACAGUGAUCGAAGAAGUGCAGCUAUUCUGUCCGUCCAUGACCCCAAGCCACUUCCUGCGGCUCAUGGACGCGCAGUACGUAGAUGAUCACGGAAACAACAAUGACGAUCCAACGAGGUUCGCCAUAAUCAACGCCCUCUUCGGAGCUGCGAUGCGAUGGAGGACAGCAAACGACUCCUUUGAAGAGAUGAGCGCAGGUAGCUGGUGUUACUACAAGAACGCAUAUGCGAUAUUCCCGGAACUCGUGGUUCAGGGAAACAAUGUAUCGGCCUGUGAAGCGCUGCUGUCGAUGGCUACAUUCUCGUUGGGAACAGCUGAUGCCUGUACAACCUCGCAGCUGGCAUCUGCGGCAGCUCGAACAGCGCAGAUACUGGGGCUGCAUACAAGAGAGACCUAUAACAACCUCGACGCCAUGGAGCUGGAGCGGCGCAAGCGGAUUUUCUGGGCGACACACAUCCUUAAUACGGAUAUGAUGGUCAAGUACGGACUACCUACACCAUUUGGCCAAAGUGAGUUGAUCGAGCUCCCUACGGAGGACUUCAUCACUGUUAGUGGUCCGGCCACACAACCGCUGAACUUCGUCACAAGCAUGGCGCGGCUCUCUCGAAUUCAAAUGCGGAUCCAUGAGCAAUUCUCGCAGCACAAUAUCCAGCUCCAGUCAGGUUCGGAGCACCACAUAGUCGUCAUAGCAUGCAAUUGCGAGCUUGACGAGUGGAGGGACUCCCUCCCUCAAGAUUUUCAGCCUGAUCCUACCGCCCUCCUUAUGACCAGAGAGCUGGAAACACCGGUUGCUCUGUUGCAUCUGGUCUAUUUCAAUACCUUGAUCAAGACGCACAUGACUUUGGCUCGGAUCAAGAACGCAUCGAGGCUGCACCCGUCAUCCCCGUUCUAUAGUGCAUGGUUGAGCACUGAGUCUUUACCAAGCAUAGAGCAGUCUUAUGCCAAGUGCACGUCGGCGGCUCGGGCAACGAUCGAUCUUCUACGGACGAUACCUCCGCAACCAUAUGUGCACCUAUGGGCUAUACUUUGCUACCCAGUAAUGGCCACCCUCAUACUGCUUUGGUCUUCGCUCGAGGAGCCAACAGGACCACACGCCCAACUCAACGUCAGGAUCAUGGGGCAAUUUAUCCAGUUCCUGGCGGGAGUCAAGGAAGAAGGUUGUGAUGUACAGAGCGUACUGGACGGCUGCUCAAAGCUCUACAAAAUUGCCAAAUACGUCGUGCAUACUCAGAGAACGAUCAGACUCUCGAGACCGUUAGAAGAGGAUCAGGAUGUGAGAGACCAACUCGAGGCCCUCCGCCUCAAGCUCUCGGAAGUCACCGACUGGAUGCACCUUGCUCAAGGCCUCUUGAGCAACAUGCCCCUUUUGAUGGCACAAGCAAGGGAAAUUUUUGCAGACGUCCUCGGGAUGGACCAGGAAGAUGGAAAGUAUGGGAUGUUUGUCCCCGAAAUGCUGAAGCCGCACAGAUACAAUGUCUUGUUUGGUCCUUAG